AUGAGCGCACCGCCACCCGCCCCACCGCUGGCGGCAGGCAUCUCAGCUCAACAGACUCCCACCGGUGCCGCCGCCGCCCCACCAACAGCGCCCGACCACGAGUCGGCGCCCACCACCACCGCCGUUGACGCAUCGCUCGCGGCAAGUGCGGCCGCCGCCAAGAAAAAGAAGAAGAACAAGAAGAAGAAGAAGGGCAACUCCAUCUCGGUCUCGUCGCCCGCAGACCUGCUCGGUUCGCCAGACGAUUCGCCCAUUGCCACUCCGGGAUCCUUGACCCCGUUGUUGCCAACAGACGAGCAGCGCAGCAGUGACGUUCCGGAAAUUCACCCGACAAGCGACUCCCACCAUCUCCUCGGCACGUCUAUCGCCCCCACUGAACCUGUCGUACACGAGGAGCCAGAGCCAGCUACCCCGGCUGCUCUCGUCGACGUGCCCGCGCGCAGUCCCGACUAUUCGUCUCCCGGUCCCGACUUCUCGGCCCCUUCCAUGGACCAAGAGGAGCAACCCGACUUUGGCGAGCACUCGACCGCUACCGCGUCGCACCAGCAUCCCAUGCCCGGUGUCCCGGCGCCUAUGCCACCUCACGCCUCGGCGCUGUUUACAGACGAGGUUGAAGACGCCGCAUUCGAGUUCAGUACCGAUCCCAUUCUCGAGUUCGAUACCGACGCUCCCCCUGCGCCGGCGCCCGUGUUUACGACGGAUGCACCCACAGCGCUGCUAAAGGACGAGCCAGCCUUUGUCAAUGACGACUUUGAGGCUGCCGCGUUUGACAGCACUGCGACCCUCGACGCUGUCGUCGCGGCGGAGGGACUCGAGCACGAGGUCGAGGCUGCUCACCCCGCUACCGCAGUGGUGCAGCCUGCCGCCGCCAUCGUGGACCUUGCCCCAGUGCCCCAGUCCACAUCCAUGGCCAAGCCAACGCCCGUUACCCAGCCUACACCUGUGUCUCUGCCAGUGUCGGACCCCACACCGGCUGCCGAGGCCGCACCUGCUGCCCAGCUUUUGCCAGAGCCCACCCAGGUGCCCACCCAGAAGACCGAGACCAAGCUCGACGAGCCCAACAUGUUUGCCAGCGGCAACAAAGACAUUCACCCUCCUGCCUCCAUGCCCAAGUCCCUGGACGGCACAAGUGCUGCAGCGCUCUUUGCCGACGCUGGUGAGGACGACGGUUUCGACAUUACUGCCGACGAGCAGCACGAAGGCGAGGCUGCAGUCACUGAAGUGGAACCGGCACAACCCGCGCCUCCUCUCGACGAGCCCGAGCUGUUCGCAGGACCCGACGACGACAUUCAUCCGCCCGCAGAGAUGCCCAAGUCGCUGGACGGUACAAGUGCAGCUGCACUGUUUGCAGACGCCGGCGAGGAUGAUGCUUUCAACAUUACUGCCGACGAGCAGCACGAGGGCGAGGCUGGUGUGACUCAAGUGGAACCCGCACACCCCGAGCCGACACCUGCACCUGCACCUGUUCCUGCUCAUGUACUGCCUACAGCUGCUCCUUCCGCAGCGUCCUUGUUCACCGACGAUGCCAACGACGUGUUCGACAUUCCCACACAGGACGAGGAACGAUCCGUCGAGCCCCCAACAGCCGUCGCCGCUCCCCCACCCCCUGCAGCCAUAAGUGUCCCCGAACCCGUAGCCAACUCAGCUGCGGCUCUGUUUGGUGACGAAGGAGACGAUGGUGCAUUCGAUAUUGGUCAGCCUGAUCACGGCGUGGCAGCGCCGCAAGCUGUGGAACACUCCCAACAGCCAGCUUCUGCGCCUGCCCUGAGUGCUUCGGCCCUAUUUGCGGACGACUCUUCGGCGUUCGACAUUCAGCACGACGACCACGCUGAUCUGCAGUCACAUGCGGCGCAAACUUCUUUUGCCACACCUGCCGAAGCUGCACCCAAGGCCCCGGUGUCUGCUGCCGCUCUGUUCACAGACGAGUCUGACCUGUUCACCUUUGAUAUCGGUCAGCCGGAGGAGCCCGCGACCCAGGAACCAGAGCCUGCCGCCACACGCACGGACUACACCACAUCCACGUCGGCGGCGACCGCCUUCCCAGUUCACCAAAUUGGCGACAGGUCGAUUGACACCAUGUUUACAGACUCGGACUGGCUUGUGGACACUAGCUUUGACGAUACUCUCGAUCUUGGUCGCAACGACAUGCCGGCUGUCUCGCCCAUUGCCGCCACCCACGACACUCGCUCGGCCCCUGUCGACUUUGAGGUUCCUGAGGGGUGGUACGACGAGGAUGGGGGCUGGCACUACUACACCGAGGAGGAGCGCGAGCUGGUCCGUGUCUCCAUGCUCAACGAUGUCGGAUACUUUCCCGAGACCGACACUCUUGCCCCGGUUCAGAGCGAGAAUGCUGCGCGUCGUACGCCAGAGCCUGCAAGCGUCUCGGAGCCGUAUGUGCCGCAGGCUGCCAACCAAUACGCUCCGGUCACUGCUGCUGCUCCGUCCGACCCGUACGCCCCUGCUCCGACCGCAAACCAGUACGCUCCUGCUCCUGUCUCGAACCCAUACGCGCCCAACCCAGCCGCCGCCGCCGCGUACGGGUACCAAGCUGCCAGUGGUGGGUACGCACCCCAGCCGGCCACGGGAUACGGCGCUGCGCCUUCCGCAUAUGCGCCGGCGACCGCUUUUGUGCCAGCUGCCCCGGCAGCUCCAGCGGCGACCCAGGCCUAUGCUUCGGCAUACACUCCUCAACCUAUCUCGUCCGGCAUGCCCGCCGCCUCGCCGUACGAUCCAUAUGCCCCCACGGCCACAGGCUACGGAGCUCCUGCUGCUCAGUCAUACGCCGCUCAGUCGUACUCUGCCGACACCUCCAGGCAAGCGCCGUCACCCAAGAAGGAAGCUCCCAAGCGUAUGACCGCGACUGCCUACGACCCGCCCGUCAUGCGCAAGCAGAAGAGCUUUGUCCGCGCCCCGUCAGUGGUCCAAAGCGAGGUUGAUACGUUCGUUCCCCCUUUGAACGCACCGCCAGUCCCUGGUCUUCCCGCUGGUAUCAAUGCUGCUCCCCCCGCUCCUCCCCCCGGCCCUCCCAAGCGCUCCAAGACCCAGGACCGUAUUCCCGACGCUACAGAGCAGGUGACCAGCCCUCAGCGAUCGCAGUCUACCCAGUCGUUCAGCGGCGUGGACCCCCACAGUCACAUCGCGGCCAACGCGUACGACCCUCCUGUCGAGGCGUUGAGUCCGACCCUCAGCCAUUCGAGCCUCGCCCACGGUCAUGGCCAUGGCCAUGGGCACGCGCACUUUGCCGCGCAGUCACCGUACGAGGCCGCUGGGUACGGCUCGAGCCAGGCCCAGGAUCCCUACGCGCCGCCUCCCCAAGACGCUUUCGAGCGGGUAUUGUCGCCACCCAUUGCCACCCAGCCUCCCCAGCGCCCGUCGACGGCCUCGGCGACGCACCCUCCCAAGCCCACGUCCUUUGACCCUCCUCUCCGCCCGACCUCGUCGCGUCCUCCGUCGCGUCACGCGAGCAGGCCCACAUUUGCCUCGCCUCCCCCGGGAGCCGCUGAUCUGCCACCUGUUCCAGCCAUCCCUGCAGCUUACGCGCAGCAAGGAACGUACGCGCCUCCAGUGCAGUCGCCACCGACGGUGUUGAGCCCGCCGCCGAUGCCCCCCGUGCCACCCCAGGCGCCGAUUGUGCCGCCGCCCCGUGGCCCAUCGCGUGGCUCGGCGCGUCAGCCAACGUUCGCUCCUCCCCCUCCCAUGCCCCCUCGGGCUGCCACACCUCCCCGUACUGCUACCCCACCGUCGUACGCUCCGGCCCAGCACGCCCUGUCGCCUCCUCGUGCGGCACCUCAUGCCCCGCCUCGCGUGUCCUCGCCGCUUAGGAACGAGACCACGUUCCCUCCCAUCCCCACUCCAGCAGUCCAGACUGCCGCCGUCACUGCCGCUGCUGCUCUCGCUGCCGGUGCAGUCGCUGCGGCCGUCGCUGUCGACAAGCCGGCCCAGAGGCAGGCUGUGUCGCUUCACGAGGAAGUGGGCGACGACGAAACCUCGGAGCGCGGAUCGCUGGACCAGGAGGACGACAAGCCCAAGUACGUGCCUCCUCCCCCUGGCCGUUCGUACGCGUCCGAGCCGUUCGCCCCCGCCUCGCCUUCUCGCCAGCACACCCAGCAGUCGAGCUUCGAGCCUGCGCCCAGCCACGCGCCGCCCCCAAAGACCACCGCUCCUCCUCCCAAGGUGGCCAAGGCAAUGUCGCCUCCGCCGUCGGGAUACCAGCCUGCGCCGUUCGUUCCCGCUCCUCCUGCCACCCAGUCGAGCUGGGAGCCUGCACCUUUCGUGCCAGCACCUGCAGCGGAAGAGUCGGGUUACGAACCUGCUCCUUUCGUACCCGCUCCUGCUGCCACCGAGUCGAGCUGGGAGCCGGCUCCUUUCGUCCCAGCUCCUGCCGCUGAAGAGUCGGGUUACGAGCCUGCUCCUUUCGUUCCCGCUCCUACUGCCACCGAGUCGAGCUGGGAGCCCGCACCUUUCGUGCCCGCACCUGCCGCUGAAGAGUCUGGCUACGAACCGGCGCCGUUUGUCCCUGCACCCCCAGCGGACUCGCACUCGGGCUACGAGCCUCAUGUCCCUCCUCCUGUGGCUGCCGACACGACUGGCUACGAGGCCGCCGAGUACCAGUCUCCCGAGAAGCGGACCCAAGUCAUUGAGGACCCGUACGCGACUUCGGCUGCUCCCAGCAACCCCUACGCGCCUGCGCCAAGCAACCCGUACGCCGCUCCUGUCCCGAAGUCGGGCCCUGCUGCCGAAUACAAUCCAUAUGCGGUCAGCCCGACGACGACGACCAAGGCGGUAGCACCUGUCCAGGACGUGUACAACCCAUACGCACCUGCGCCGGUGGCCCAGAAGUCUUCCCCACCCCAGUCGGACGGAUACAGCCCAUAUGCCCCGCCUCGCCAGUCUGGCGAGUCAACGCGUCCAGGCCGCGCGUCCCUGGACCAGGGCGCUCCUCCUCGUUCUUCUGGCGAGUACGCUCCUCCUCCUGGCCGCGCGUCGCUGGACUACGGAGCCCCGCGUACUUCUAGCGAGUACGCUCCUCCUGGUCGUGCUUCGAUGGACUAUGGAGCUCGUCCUUCUGGCGAGUAUGGCCGUCGUUCGAGCGAGUACGCUCCCAGUGCGGGUCGUGGCUCGAUGGACUAUGCGCGCGCUGGCCAGAGCUUUGGUGCUGCCUCGCAUGACCGGUCGCCUAGCGACCAAUACUCGCCGUACGGCGCGCAGCCGCAGCAGACCAAGGCCGAGUACAACCCGUACGAGCCCUCUUCUCGCGCCGCAGCCGCCGCCAAACCCGCCGCUCAGAACGACUUCUACGCCCCCGUCGACGCGUACGGCCCCGGAACAACGGGUAUGCGCGCCAUGUCCAUGUCCCCGACCAACGACUUGGGCAUGUCGCCACCUGGUGCUGGCGCCUACUUCCAGGGCAUGCACAUGGACCCGACCUAUGUCCCCCAGCAGGUCCUCGAGCAGCGCCCUGUUUCCGAGGACCCACUGGGUCGCUGUGCACCUGCGGCUCGUAACGUCCCCCUUGCCGUCUUUGGCUUUGGCGGUGUCGUCAUCAUGGGCUUCCCCGGUACGGCGUCCGACUCGCCCGACGCGCCGUCGUACGGCUACGCUUCGCACCGUGGUCUCCUCACCAUCCGCCCCGUUCCCGAGGUCAUCGAGUCCAGCGCGGUGGCGAAUGACGCGUCGACCUUCCCCGGCCCCCUCAUCUUUGACCCUCUGAUGCCCAAGGGUGCUGCUGGCGACAAGAAGAAGCGCGAGUCCGUGCUUGCAUACCUCGCUGCGCGUGCCGAAGAGAUUGAGCGCGGUCUGCCGUACCUCAAGUCGUCGGUCACCCGUGCCCGCCGCGAAGAGCGUCGUGAGGAGGAGGCCAAGCUCGUCAUUGUUGGCAUUCUGACUGCCUUGAUUGAGGGCGAUGGUCGUCUCUUUGGCUCAUCCAAGGCCGAGGACGCUGUGCGCGCUGCUCUCCAGCCGCCAGUGUCCAAUGAGGCUCGGACGCCGUUUGCCAAUGGUCUCGGCGCGCACCCCACGACAGGCGCACGUGCCAACCCUGGUCAGCUCGAGCAGCUCUCGUCCAUGAUCAUGGCGGGCUCGAAGAAGGAGGCGGCCCCACUUUGCCGCGUCGAACGGUCUCUGGUCGCACGCCCUGGUCAUUUCCUCAACGUUCCGGGCACUGCUGGUCUCAAGGCUGCCUACUCGGUCUACUCGGGCCUCACCCCGGCGACAAUUGACGACCUGUUCAACGCCGCCCACAUCACCGACGACCCGGGAGCCGACUCGUGGCGCGAGGUCAUUGGCGCUGUUAUCUUCAACAGCAAGCCGACCGACCUUGUCUGCCUCGACGACCUUGGAGCCCGCUUCAAGCGUGUUGGCCUGCACGGUGCUGCGCAGGUGUGCGCCCUGCUCUCCCCCAACUCGCCGUUCUCCGACAUGUCGAGUGCGGCUACUGAGCGUGCUAUUCCUCUGGCUGAGAACGCGGCCGACGAGGACGGCGCCCUCUUUGCCGAGAUUGCAGAGUAUGCGCGUACCCUCGUCCCAAUCCCCAAGGGCAACGAUGUUCCGCAGCCUUCGCUCGUCCAGCUGCUCCCCUACAAGAUUCAGCGCGCGUGGCGGGCCGCCGAGCUCGGCAACGUUGAGCAGGCCAAGCGGUACUGCGAGGCCAUCGAGACUGCCAUCAAGGUUGCACCCAAGCAGGCUCCUCCUAUCCGUCUCCAGCGCCACCUCGCGUCCAGCAUGGAGGAUCUUCUCGAGCGUCUCACCGGCGAGCCGUCAAUCAGCCCCUCGGCCGGUCUUGGCAUGCGCAAGUCCAAGUCGUCGGCGACUAUCGGCUCGUGGAUCGAGGGCCGCCUUACCAAGUUCAUUGCCGGCGAGGACGACGAGAACGCACCUCCCAAGCCUGCCGCGGUUCCCGCCAAGGGCACCACUGCCAUUGGACCGUUCUCGCACUUUAGCACCAUCUCACCUGGUCCCAGCUCGGGCGUGUCGCGGGCCCCCUCGACUGUGGAUCUCACCAUCGGCAUUGGUGGCACUCUCGACGUCCCCUCGCCAUUCACCAACGACAGCGCGUACUCUGGCGGCGGCGGCUACUCGCCGUGGGAUGGCGACAACGACGAGAGCGGGCCUCCCGCCGAGCCUGUGCCCUUCACCAACGUGGCUGCUGUCCCAACGCUCAACGUUGACGACUCCACUGGAUUUAUCAACCCCAUGCUCAACUUUGGCGCGCCGAUCGUCGACACCCCACUGGCGAUCCAGGACUACACGCCCAAGCAGCAGCCGGUGCAAGAUGACGAGGACGACCUGGAUGACCUUGGCUUCGGCAACGCUGCUCUUUCGCGCAACCGUACUCCCAAGGUGCCCGAGCCCAGCGACGACAAGGGCAAGGGCAAGGGUAAGGGCAAGACCGACGAGCCGACGAAGAGCAAGCAUGUGCCCUCCCCUUCUGUCGACUCGACUGUGUCGGCCACCGACUCGAAGGCCGGCGACCUAAAGCCGGAGAAGAAGGGCUGGCUUUCAUGGGGAUGGGGCAGCAAGAAGGAGGCCGGCGGUCCGGGCUACACCAAGGCCAACCUCGGCGACACGACUUCGAUGGUGUACGACCCCGUGCUCAAGAAGUGGACCAUGCCCGGAGCCAAGAGCGAGCCCGCUGCAGCAGCCACACCACCUCCCCCGCGUGCAGCUACGACCAGCCCCGCCGGCCUGCCAGCCCGCACUGCUGGCCCUCGCUCAACGACCACCACCCCGCCCGUGUCGUCCAACCUGUCAGGAAUGCCGCGCAGCCAGUCGUCAGCCACGCUCGGCGGAGGCGCGCCCCCUCCGCGCCUGACCGCUUCGGUCGGUGGACCGCCUGCACGACCGCCUACUGGCGGUCCACCCACCGGUCCACCCUCGGGAUCGGCCGGCACACCCAAGCCUACCACGGCUGCCUCGCUCGACGACCUCCUCAACAGGCCCCCGAGCGGACGCCCCGCCAGCGCCGCCGCCAAGAAGAAGCGCGGUACCAACAAGUACAUCGACGUGAUGCAGCAGUAG